CCUGGGCAGACACUCAUACACCUUUAAAUACUGAUAAGGAGAAUAUUAUUACCCCGCUGGUGGCCUAGUCAGAUAAGUUGUUUGUGGAGGACAGCCCGCAUUUCUUUCAGGCUCUCAUUCUGCUGCACCAGUAACUCCAGAUUACAUUCCCGAGGAAAUCAGCCGCCUCUUACUUGAGACUGCAAAGAGCAAUGGACAGUUUAGGGAGAGACCACGAUUAUUCCAACACUUCUCUGCCUUCCUCCACAGCUCAGGAGAAGAACGCUGAGCCAGGUUCCACCAUGUUGCCCCGCUUGAGAGACCGGGAGCUGCUCCGGAAGAGAAGGGCAGAAGCCGAGGAGAAGGAUUCGAUUCAGUGGGCUCUGGGGGAGCAUGAGAGAAGAAAACGGCAGAGGAGAGGUCAAGGUGCCAGGAGAGGAAAGGGCCGUGAGCGCGUCGUGGAACCUGCGCCGCAGCCAAACCCAAAGCCAAACCCUCAGCCCCCGGAGAAGGAGGAACCUGAGCCGGUGUCCUCCACGAUGAUGCAGCAAGCUGAGUCUUCCCAGAUGGAUAUGCAGGACCUGUUCGCUGGUGUGCAGCUGGCAGAUCUGGAAGGGAUACUGGCUUCUGGGAGCCAGAGUCCUCUGGGUGAAGAGGAUAUGCUGAAGCUGGCUGAUGAAAUACAAGAGGUAUUCAGUACUUCACUGGAAAAGAACGAAUCUGAUAAUGACAUGUACCCAUCAAGCCUAUUUUAAAGUUUUAUUUAACUAGACACAUAUUCUUGCAAUUUUUAUCGCUAAGAAAUACUGACAGGCCUUGUAGAGAGCCUUAAAGUUGCUCCUUCCUCAGGAACAAUAAAAAUCUGACUCUCUCUCUCUA